UCAUGCGAUCUGCGGUCGCGCUAGGGUAGGAGCAGCAUCGGUUGUGCUGUGCUGUUCUGAAUGGAACUAAAAGGAGAGAGGAAAUACACGUGAAGAUUUGUAUUUUUUGAUCCGAAUUAGUGGCGAUUCAUAUGAGAGUUGUCGUGUUGGGCAGUUUGGGCGCUGUGGGGAGUCGCAUGCCGAGCUUUGCGGGGGACAGAGAUUUAAACAACUUCAUUCCGGACCCAACCCAGAAAUGACAACAUCGGUGUUCUUCGGCUGUGCGUUCAUCGCUUUCGGCCCAGCUAUCGCUUUGUUCGUGUUCACCAUCGCCAGGGAUCCCCUGCGAGUCAUCUUUCUAAUUGCUGGGAAAGCUAAUGAAGGUUUGCUGGCUCUCAGUCAAGAAGAUGCAAUGCCGAUUUCUUUGCGGCAGCUGGCCUAUGUGUCCGGCCUGGGGUUUGGUUUCAUGAGCGGCGCCUUUUCAGUCGUCAACAUCCUGGCGGAUUCUGUCGGCCCCGGCGCGGUGGGGAUUCACGGAGAUUCGCAGCACUAUUUCAUAUCCUCAGCCUUCAUGACUAUGGCCGUCAUUCUGCUGCACAUGUUUUGGGGUGUGGUGUUCUUUGAUUCCUGUGAGAAGAAGAGGUGGUGGUCUGUGGCUGUCGUUGUUCUGAGCCACCUGCUCGUGUCCUGCCUGACGUUCCUGAACCCACAGUAUGAAGGCAGCCUCAUACCAGCCUAUGUCAUAAUGUUUCUCAUGGGCUCUUGGGCUUUCUCCUGUGCCGGUGGAUCCCUGAGGAACCUAAAACUCUGUUUAACUUGCAAAGACAAGGACUUUCUGCUGGCCAACCACAGGCCCAGAUAACAGAGUCACAAACAGGGACUCUCUGCACAAAAAAAAAACUCUUUUCAUACAAAACGAUUAAGGACUGGUUAAAUUAAAUCUUUGCAUUUUUUUAUUUUUUGAGUCAUAUGUACAUGCAUUUUGUGGUGGUAGUGGUGAAAGGUUCUGGGUAGAUAGGCACUGGAAAUCCUCCAAAUCCCCAGGUACGCUUGGAGUUUGAGGAGUCUCAACACAACAAUCUUCAUUCUUUUGUCCUGCUGAAUGGGUUUUUGUCUCCCUGUUCUGAAUGGAUCACAUGUUGAAGAAGAGGAUGAUGGUGCGUCUGCCUCUAAGAUCAUCGGUUUCUGGCCCAGACAACUUCUUAACCUGUAGUAGACUUAUUGGUUUGUCAGUGUGUGGACUGUUGAUGCUACCCAAUCCAUUUUGCCCGUGAUCUGAACAGGAUGUGAAUCUGGGCAUGCAGAAAUAAGAUUUGUUUGAACUGGAAGAAGUCUAGGGAAACUAUAUAAAUUACAUCUGAUUUGUGAGCAUUAUUUUUUUACUUGUAUUCAGCCUUUCCUUUUUGGUAUGAUUUUCCUCCAGUCAGGGAGCAUGUAGUGGUGGGUUACUUCAUUUUUGUUUUUCCAUUCCUGUGGAAUCUGUACUCUGCCACCAGUUGGAUUGUGCUCUCUCUGUUACUGUGCCUUCCCUGAACAGGUCUUUUUUUGAGUUAGCCGUGUUUUCUAACCAUACCUAAUACUUAGCCACUGUACAUAGUACCUCAGCUCUUUGUUCUGAAGCAUUUUCAUUAAUGGGGCCUCAUUGCUAGUCUGACGAAUGGUGUGCUGUUGUGCUUUAAAUGACAAGGCUGAGAACAUUUUCCGCAUUUUAGCUGUUUCGUGGUUGAAAAGAUGACAAAAAUCUGCAUCCCUGAUAAUUUAAAAUUCUAGUUAUUGCAAUGUAUAUGUAGUUGUUGAUUAUACUGUAUUCUAAUCCCAUUGAAGCUUAAUACACUAAUUUAUAAUCUAAAGAAACAUUAACUGUAGUGAUAACCAGUUAUCUGGUCUAAGAAGAUCAGCCAUUUUACUGUGCACACAACUUAAUUUGCAACUUAAUGUAUAAAUGAAAUGAUUCCUUUUCAAACGAUCCUACAACAAUUGACGUAAGAUUGUUUUUCAUAAAUGUGUAGUUUGAAACCAUUGUACAGUGCAAUUUAUUUGUUAAUAACAAUCAGUUUUAUAAGUUAGUGCUGCUAAUUUUUUGUAGCAAUCCAACCUUAUCAUGUUACCUCAGAGUUUCUGAUCACGUUCCUGGUAGGUAGUGUCCUGAUUCUAAAUCUGUUUGCAGGAGUAUGAAGUGAAAUUUAGCAUGUGUAUACAUUCAAGCCUGUAAUCUUCUGUUUCAUCCUGUACAAUUGGUGUAAUAUAGGGGGAGAGUGUUCUAGAAAGCAUUUUCACAUUAUCGCUCAAAUUGAAAGGCUUCACACCAGUUCUCACUAGUUUUUAUUGUAUUUUUUUUGUACAUUUUUGGAUUUGCCACCACUGUCACAGCCCAGUUCUGAUUGAAACUGUUCAAGGAAAUAGUUUAAAAACAAAAGGAAUAAACAUGUCAUAAUUUGGAUUUCACGAACAAUCAGGGUGGUUAUCCUUACCCUGAAUGGCAGAAGAGUUUAUUCUUCUGCAGAACUAAAUCAAUGAGGAGUUCCUCAAUGUCUGAUCUGGAUUAAGGCAUCUUCCUGACUGCAUAGGCAGUUUAUGUCUGAUUCCAAAUGGUAACAGGCCUGACCUCCUGUCCAGAGGACUCUACUACUAAUUUCAUCAAACCAAGAGGAUGCUGAACCUCUCCUGCCUUCUAAAGAACAGUACCUCAGCAAACCCUCCCCAGUGACAAUGCCUGACCAGGAGAUGGACACUACAGGGAGAGGAGUUCUCUCUCUCUCUGAUCUUUUGGACCUUAUAGUGAUGAGUUUUAGCAGUGAGUGUUUAUUCAGAUCAGAUUCAGAUCUAGGUGAGGAAAAAGAACUGUAAGAAUCAAGAAGUCCAAAGAUGACUAAGAGUUAUGCUGGAGUUCAAUGAAUGAUGCUUUUGUCUUACAUUACCUCUAGACUGCAGUUUAUAGCUCAGUUUAAAUAAACUAGGCUUUUCUUGUACGAA